UUCGGGAGCUUAUAUUGACACGCUGCUCAUGGAGCUUUACACGCACUUCAGGAGGCCCAUCACAUUUGCCAUCCGUAAGGCACUGGAGCAGAUCAAUACUUUUGAGGCAGCAAAAGAUGUUUUAAUGCAAGAGCAUUUUGUGGCGCCUUCGUAUCUAAUCAUAGCCGGCAUCAAAAGACGACAGGCCUGCGUUAUCACACGGUGAGA